AUGGCAUCCCAAGCUGCUGCUCUUCCAUCAAUCGCCACCCCGGCCGCUGCGCCGGCUGCCAGCCAGGAAUCCAAGCCCAAGCCCUGCUGCGUAUGCAAGGACGAGAAGGCCAAGCGUGACGAGUGCAUGCUCUUCUCCAACGCCGCCGACCCGUCCAAGGACUGCCUGUCCACGAUCGACCAGUACCGAGCUUGCAUGAAGGGAUUCGGCUUCACUGUAUAA